AUGAAACACCGACUCUCACUCGAAAUCAAAUUUCAGAAGAGAAACACAAGCAAACAAGGUCAGCUUUGUACCAGUUAUGUAGAUCAAUUUUCAAGAUCUUUACACAUGGAGUACAAACAAUAUGGAAUUCACGUACAAUGUCAGGUACCACUGUAUGUUGCGACGAACAUGGUAUCAAGGGUGGCAUCUAUUGGAAGAGAUUCUUUAUUCAUACCAACACCUGAAGGUUAUGCAAGAGCUGCUAUUCGUAAAAUAGGGUAUGAACCAAGAUGCACACCUUAUUGGGCUCACUCAAUUCAAUGGGCCUUUGCUCGCUUAAUCCCAGACCAACUUCUCGACUAUUGGCGAAUGUCCAUUGGUUUACGACGCAGGAAUCACAAGGACUAG